AUGCCACCAACCAAGAAGCGCAAGUCGGAGGCCUCGCCCCUUACCGAGGAAACCAGUUCCCCUAAGAGAGCUGCAGUUCCAGUUACUGGAGAGAAGAGGAAAAGGGGUCGCCCUCGCAAGUAUCCCGAAGGCACUGGCCCUAAACCCCCUCCAGGCCCUAAGAGAGGACGUGGUCGACCCCCUAAGGACCCGUCCGCCAAAGACACCCCGUCCAAGCUGAGAACCCCCCAGGAGGGUAAACGACCAGUGGGCAGACCUAGGAAGUCGCUCCCGCAGAACGGCGCCGAAACCCCUAAGAAACCCAAGUCCGCGUCGGCAGAUACCAAGGCAGAGGAUGGUGAAAGUUCCGGCCGCUCGUAUUGGUUGAUGAAAGCAGAGCCUGAGACCCGUUUCGAGAAGGGAGUGGAUGUAAAAUUUUCGAUCGAUGACUUACGUGAGCGGAGCAAGCCAGAGCCAUGGGAUGGCGUACGAAAUGCCGCUGCACGGAACCACCUACGGGAAAUGAAGAAGGGCGAACUCGCUUUCUUCUAUCACUCGAACUGUAAAGUCCCGGGUGUUGCGGGCACUAUGGAGAUCGUUCAAGAACACACUCCGGAUGAAUCAGCAUUUGACCCUACACAUCCAUACUACGAUGAGAAGUCUACGCGGGAUGACCCGAAAUGGGAUGUUGUUCAUGUUGAAUUCCGCCGCAAGUUCAAGGACCUCGUUCCGCUAAAUGACCUCAAGUCCCACGCGAAGCCCGGGGGCGCACUGGAAAACCUCCAGAUGCUGAAGCAAUCUCGGCUGAGUGUCUCGCGAGUGAGCAAGAAGGAGUGGGAUUUUAUUUUGAAGCUGGCAAAAGGGGAGAACGAAUCUCAGCAGGCGACAGAGGAUUCAUCGAAGGACGAUGGGAGUGCCGAGGAGGAUUCUAGCUAG